GCCCAUCGCCCAUCGCUCAUCGCUCAUCACCCAUUCUUUACCUCACUCCCAUCGUGCAUCGUACAUAUCUCACGCCUCACUCCUUACAACUCACGCCUCACUCCUUACACCUCACACCUCACACCUCACACCUAAUCCUUCACUUGCCCCACGCUUCACUCAAUUCACACUUCACUCAAUUCACACUUCACUCAAUUCACACUUCACUCACCACGUCCAUACUCCAAGGCUUCAACAAACCACAUCCUCUCAUCACAACACCAUCACCCAAACCACCCAAUCGAUCAACCAUUCAAAUACCCACCCAGUACACUCACCCGCCUCCCUACACACGCACAUACACAUAUAAAUACAUUUAACCCCAGCGAUCCAUAAUCUUCUUAUUAAGGAAACAUCUUAUACGAAUAGCAUCUCUCCCCACAUCCUUUCCCAAUCCACUCAAGAGCCUUCACAUCCAUUCUCUCUCCGCAUUCGCCAUUCGAUCGGCUUACAAAGAUUCAAUCCAAUCCAAUCCAACCCAAUCCAAUCCUAUUCUCAAUGUCCAGGCGACUCUUUUCAAUGUCGGGGAACUUUGACGAUCCACCGACUCAUUCAUCUACAGAUUCUCCCACCGAAACAGCAGAAAGAUUAGUGCAAGAAAUUCUAGAGCGCGGCCCUAAUUCGAACAAUACAAUAAGUCCAUCGGGUGAACUUUACAGGGCAAUAGGUCGGUAUACUGAAGCACGAAGAGCAGAAGCCGAAGACAUAAGAAAUAUGUCAUCAUCGGAGCGCAGGGCAGAGAGACAACACAGAUUAGGAGGAAGACGCCCAACAUUAAAUCAUUCAUCGAGUCGGGAGGAACAUGAUGAAAAUGAAAGGGAAAGAGAUGUAAAUUCACGAAGAGCCGAAGUGACAAGAAGACGAGAUUCAACCAGACCUAUCCCUCCUUUACUUGGUCGUCGAAGACCUCGCCUCUUACAAUCUGAUCGAUACAUGGAACCACAACGUGCUUCAGUUGAAGGCGGCCUUUUUAGCUCAUUAUCCGAGGAUGUAAGACAGUUAGAAGCCGCAAGUUUGAACCUUCGAACUUUAUUAGCGACCCCUAUAGGUUCUAGGUUACCUUCACCAGAUCAUGUCAACGAGGGAGAGUUUGGUCGUAGAACCAAGAGAAGAAAGUUGGAUCAAGAUAAUAAAGCAGAAUUGUGGCAGGGUUUCAAAUAUGGUCAAUAUGGUCAAGUUGAGCCUGGUACUUUACAAAUGGAGAUUGUUAGUUGCGAUGGAGGACUCUUCCAAAGCUGCCCAGAAGGAGAAUAUGGUUCAGAUAAUGUUCUAAAAGAUGACAAUACCGUUUACUGUACUAAAAGUAAUCGUUGUAAUAUUGUCUUGAAACAUCAAGGCGAAACUACAUUUUCUCUUUCAGAAAUAGUCAUCAAGGCACCUCAUAAAGGAUACACAGCCCCAGUUCAAGAAGGUAUGGUAUUUGUUUCCGGAACAUCGAACGAUCUCCUUACUCGUACUGCGCAAUAUCAAAUUCAAUAUUCCUCACCAUCUCGAGAAAGGCCACCAGUUUCAAUAAUGUCUAUUCGUCAUAAUGAUGAUGGUACUAGAAGUAUGACAACUGCUCAAGCUCGUGCUGGACGUCUUGUUCAAUUGGGUGCUCAAGAUCCUGAAUGCGAUUUAAAUACUCCAUAUAUUCCACCAACAGCCCAGAUUCCAUCCGAUUUUACCAAUAUUACAUCGCCAUAUCAAGUCACUAUGGAAUGUAGUAGUGAUUAUUCUGAUAAUGAAGAUCAACCUCGAAGAAAUCGCCGAGCAGCUUAUAGAAUGAGAGUAUCAAGAGAUAUUCCAGAUGAUCUUCGUCUCCCGGAUGAAAGUAGUGAUGAUGAAGAUGAAUUUCCUCCAGCAGGUUACAGACUUUCAGAUGAUGGUUCUCAUUACUAUUACGAUGCAUCAUAUUCUGCAACAAUCCCAAGGAAUAGACCACGAUUGGAAAGGAGGGAAACAGCUAGUAACAUUACAUUAGCAGAAGCUGCGGAAGCAUCUCAAAUCGCAACGCAAGAAGCAGUCGCAGCUGUAGGAGGGGAACUUAUGGUUCCUCAUGCGAAAUUUUUUAUUGAGAGAGAUAAGAGUAAGUGUACUAUCAAGUUUAGUACACCAAUUAGUGGGAAAUAUAUUCUUUUGAAGUUGUGGAGUCCAGAUGGGAGGGAUAAUGGGAAUAUUGAUAUUCAGAGUGUGGUGGUGAAGGGAUUUGCAGGACCGAGAAUGUUCCCAAAAGUGGAUUUGAUGUAGGGGCUGGAGUCAAAGGUUUUGGUUCGUAAUGGAUGGAAUAGAGGUUAUGAUGAAUGAGAAAUGGAAUCAAGGUUUAGAAUUCUAAUUAUGGUUAGGAUUUGGAGAGACGGUAUUGGGUAUAUGCAUGGAUGAUGGUACAUAUAUGGUCUGGGAAAUUAGGUGGUCGGAGGGAGGGAGGAUAGAGGGUUGUAUAUUUAGUGCAAUUACAUGCUGGCUCAUAUAUAUUACAUGUAUCGAAGCAAUGUAUGUGGUUUUGGAUCUGAGCCGUAGAUGUAUGGAAGUGGAUUUUUUUAUCUAUUGGAUAUAUGGACUUUGGGGUACUUUGAAUGUGAAUGUGAAUGUGUAUAGAAGGAGAUAGACAUAGGAGGGGCAGGGGGUUGGAGAAUGGAAAGGGGUGGUGGAGGAAAGAGGAUGGGUUGUUUGUUGGAUUGGGAGAAGUAGUGGAAAUGCGGUUGUGAAAGUAGCAGUCGUAGAAUUUAUUCACAUCUAAGAGAUACCUCCUCCUCCUCCUCA